AUGUGUAAUCCUAAAAUGUUGAAUUGCAGAGGUUUUGUGAUACAGGUAUUCUCUUUUCUAGGACUUUUCCAGAUUGCUCAGAACAAAGUGGCAGUUCUUCUUCUAGCUGGCGGGCAGGGGACGAGACUUGGUGUUGCAUAUCCCAAGGGAAUGUAUGAUGUUGGUUUGCCAUCUCAUAAGACGCUUUUUCAGAUUCAGGCAGAGCGUAUCCUGAAGCUUCAACAGUUAGCUGAAAAAUAUCAUGGCAACAAAUGCAUCAUUCCAUGGUAUAUAAUGACCAGUGGCAGAACAAUGGAAUCUACAAAGGAAUUCUUCACAAAGCACAAGUACUUUGGUUUAAAAAAGGAGAAUGUAAUCUUUUUUCAGCAGGGAAUGCUGCCUGCUAUGAGUUUUGAUGGGAAAAUUAUUUUGGAAGAGAAGAACAAGGUUUCUAUGGCUCCAGAUGGGAAUGGUGGUCUUUAUCGGGCUCUUGCAGCCCAGAAUAUUGUGGAGGACAUGGAGCAGAGAGGCAUUUGGAGCAUUCAUGUCUAUUGUGUUGACAACAUCCUAGUAAAAGUGGCAGACCCACGGUUCAUUGGAUUUUGCAUUCAGAAAGGAGCGGACUGCGGUGCGAAGGUAAUGCCUUUCUCAACUUAGUGAGGCCAUCAGUGA